AUGGCGGACGCAGCGGCGCCGGGACUCGGGCAAACGGUGUGCGUGACCGGUGCCGGCGGGUACAUCGGCUCGUGGAUCGUCAAGCUCCUUCUGUACAGAGGCUACACCAUCAGAGGAACCUUGAGAAACCCUGAGGAUGCCAAGAACGCGCACCUGAGAGAGCUCCCUGGCGCGGCGGAGAGGCUGACGUUGUGCAGGGCCGACCUUCUCGACGGCGGCGCGCUGAGGGCGGCCGUCGCUGGCUGCCACGGCGUGUUCCACACCGCGUCGCCGAUGACCGACGAUCCAGAGAAAAUGCUGGAGCCGGCGGUGAGGGGCGCACGUUACGUGAUCGAGGCCGCGGCGGAGGCCGGCACGGUCCGCCGUGUGGUGCUGACGUCCUCGAUUGGAGCGGUCACCAUGGAUUCCAACCGCGCGCCGGACGCCGUGGUCGAUGAGUCGUGCUGGAGCGAUCUCGAGUUCUGCAAAGAGACCAAGAACUGGUACUGCUAUGGGAAGGCGGUGGCGGAGCAGGCGGCGUGGGAGGCGGCGGCGAGACGUGGGGUGGACCUGGUGGUGGUGAUCCCGGUGCUGGUGCAGGGCCCGGCGCUGCAGCCGUCGGUGAACGCCAGCCUCACGCACGUGCUCAAGUACCUCAACGGCUCCGUCAAGACCUACGCCAACGCCGUGCAGGGGUACGUCCACGUCCGCGACGCCGCCGACGCGCACGUCCGCGUCUUCGAGGUCCCAGACGCCGCCGGCCGCUACAUCUGCUCCGACGCCGUGCUCCAUAGGGAGGACGUCGUCAGGAUCCUCCGCGAGUUCUUCCCAGAGUACCCCGUCCCCGACAGGUGCUCCGAUGAGGUGAACCCAAGGAAAGCGCCGUACAAGAUAUCCAACCAGCGGCUGAGGGAGCUAGGCCUGGAGUUCACUCCGGCGGCGCAGGCCCUCUACGAGACAGUCAUAUGCUUUCAGGACAAGGGCGUCCUCCCCGUCUCUGCUGGCCCGUCGUCUCUGUAG